AUGAGAUCGUUCAAAGUAGUUGUUGUUGGUGACGGAGCCGUCGGUAAGACGUGUCUGUUAAUCUCGUACACGUCGAACUCGUUCCCUCAGGAUUACAUCCCUACGGUGUUUGAUAACUUUGCCAUUAGAUACAAAGAAUACCCUCUGGAGCUAUGGGAUACCGCUGGGCAGGAGGACUAUGACCGUCUGAGACCGCUGAGUUACCCACAAACCGAUAUCUUCCUGGUGUGCUUCUCGAUAGUGGAGCCGGCAUCGUUCAAGAACGUGAAGAACAAGUGGAUCCCAGAGAUCCGCCACCACUCCUCAGAUGAGAUUCGCAUCAUCUUGGUGGGCACGAAGUCGGACUUGAAAGACGAUCCUCACACCUUGGAUCGACUGGAAGAGAGUGGUAAUGAGCCAGUAUCACAGGCUGAGGCCAAGAAGCUCGUCAAGGAAUUGGGGCUCCAAGGAUACGUCGAGUGUUCGGCUGCUACCCAGGCAGGCAUUGAAGACGUGUUUGAGACUGCAAUCAAGUCUAGAAGAAAGAAGAUGAAAUGUACUAUUCUGUGA